UCUUUUAAUAACGUGAACGACUCAUCCAUAUUUCUGUCUCUGUUUACAAUAAUUAUUUAAUACCAGUAUUUUCAAAUCGAUGCAAGCGACGAAUAAAUCUCAAUCAAUACAAUUCAGUCAUUGGCAUGUAAUAUUCAAAUAAUUGUAAAUGUGUUAAAACAAUGAACCGGAAAAAAUGCGUUGCUUCCAAACCAACAAGAGGAAAUAUAUUGGAAAUUUAAAUUCAAAAAUGUUUCGAUCAAGACAUCAUGAAAAUUAAGAUGUGUUAAAACAAUGAACCGGAAAAAAUGCGUUGCUUCCAAACCAACAAGAGAAAAUAUAUUGGAAAUUUAAAUUCAAAAAUGUUUCGAUCAAGACAUCAUGAAAAUUAAGGUAUGAAAAAAUGAAAUUAGAAGGAAUAUUUCCUGUCAGAAAACUGGCUGACCAAGAUAGAAGAUUUUCCUAGUUGAUCAAGGAAAUUAAAUAGGCAUAAUAAACGCUUUACUCAUCAGCUAAAGUUUGCUUUCCCAUCAGCUGAAUGGUACAAAAAAAAAAAAAAAAAAAAGACCUUUUUAAUUAGUAAAUACAAUGCAAAUAUCUGCUAACUCAUAUAAAUUUUCAUUCAUAAAUUUGUGGCAGAAGUAGUAGACCGUUUUGCCGGCAACUGGUCGCAGCAAAUAUACUAUGAAACACGUUUUUAAAAGACUUUAGUUAGUUUCAUGAAUAUAAAGUAACGAAGCACUACAUUAAAACAUUUUCAGAUUAAAGCAAAUUGAGAAGAAAUUUAUUCUCGUUUAUGAUAGAGAAAAUGUAUAAAAGCGAGAUAUAUAGUGGGGCGUCUUCUGUGCAGCAAUAUUUGCAGCCACAUUUACUGACGAAUUCGAACGAGAAAUCUUUCACUUGCGAUACAUGUUCUAUGCCACUUUUUGAAAUGAGCACUUUGAGGAAGCAUUUACUAACGCAUACAAGAGUGAAACCAUAUCGCUGCGAGAUGUGCAAUAACACGUUUUCUCUUAGGGGAAAUUUAAUGAAACAUUAAAUUUCCUCUAUAUAAAUACGGGAUAAAACCCAUAUGUCUGUAGUACUUGCCAUAACGCUUUUUCUCAAAAAACGGACUUAAAGAGACCUUUAAUGAUACAUACGGAAGAGACUUUAAAGAGGCAUUUAUUGACACAUAAAGGAAAACCACAUAUCCUUGCAAGAUUUGCAACAACGCGUUUUCUGAAAAGAGCGCUUUAGAGAGACAUUUGCUGAUGGAUACGCAAGAGAGACCGUAUCGUUGCGAGAUUUGCAAUCAAUCAUUUUCUCUGAAAGGAAAUUUAAACAAACAUUUGCUAAUACAUACGGGAGAGAAACCAUAUGCAUGUAGUAUUUGCAAUAAAGCGUUUUCUCAGAAGGGUCAUUUAGAGACACAUUUACUAUCACAUACGGGAGAGAAACCGUAUGUUUGUCAUAUAUGCAAUAACACGUAUUCUCGAAUGGACUACUUAAAGGGACAUUUACUGACACAUACGAGAGAGAAACCGUUUUCUUGCGAGACUUGCAAUAUCGCGUUUUCUCGGAGAGGGCAUUUAAAGCAACAUUUACUAAUACAUACGAGAGAGAAACCGUUUUCUUGCGAGACUUGCAAUAUCGCGUUUUAUCGGAGAGGGCAUUUAAAGCAACAUUUACUAAUACAUACGAGAGAGAAACCGUUUUCUUGCGAGACUUGUAAUAAAGCAUUUUCUCUGAAAGAAAAUUUAAAGAAACAUUUGCUAAUACAUACGGGAGAGAAACCAUAUGCCUGUAGUACUUGCAAUAAAGCGUUUUCUCAGAAGGGUCAUUUAGAGAAACAUUUACUAUCACAUACGGGAGAGAAACCGUAUGUUUGUCAUAUAUGCAAUAACACGUAUUCUCGAAUGGACUACUUAAAGGGACAUUUACUGACACAUACGGGAGAGAAACCGUUUUCUUGCGAGACUUGCAAUAUCGCAUUUUAUCGGAGAGGACAUUUAAAGCAACAUUUACUGACACAUACGGGAGAGAAACCGUUUUCUUGCGAGACUUGUAAUAAAGCAUUUUAUCGGAGAGGACAUUUAAAGCAACAUUUACUGACACAUACGAGAGAGAAACCGUUUUCUUGCGAGACUUGUAAUAAAGCAUUUUCUCUGAAAGAAAAGUUAAAGAAACAUUUGCUAAUACAUACGGGAGAGAAACCAUAUGCCUGUAGUGUUUGCAAUAAAGCGUUCUCUCAUAAGGGUCAUUUAGAGACACAUUUACUAUCACAUACGGGAGAGAAACCGUAUGUUUGUCAUAUAUGCAAUAACACGUAUUCUCGAAUGAACUGCUUAAAGAGUCAUUUAGUGAUACAUACGAAAGAGAAACCGUAUACUUGCCAGAUUUGCAAUAACACGUUUGCUCGCAGAGGAAGUUUAAUGAAACAUUUACUAACACAUACUGGAGAGAAACCGUAUCUUUGUGAUUUAUGCAAUAAUGCGUAUUCUCAAAAGAGCCACUUAAAGAGGCAUUUAUUGACACAUACGAAAGGAAAACCACAUGAUUUAUGAAAUAACUCAUAAUCUCGAAGGAAAGUUUAACGAAACAUUUAUUGACUCAUGCGAAAGAAAAGCCUUUUGUUUUUGAUGAGUGUUUUGCGGCAUUUUCUGAUCGAGACAAUUUAAACAGAAAUUUGUUGCCACAUACGGACGGGAAAUCGAAUGCCCGCGAUAAGUUUGAAAGGCUUUUUCGGAUCACACUUCUUUAAUGAAAGAUUUACUACAGAAUGCAAGAAACAAUAGAUAGACUUUAAAUUGGUUCCAGCAUUGUUUUUUUUUUUUAGAGGUUUUACUCAAGCAAGUAUUAAGUAUAAUUUUUUCAAAUCUCUAAAAUAACUUGGACUGAUUUUUUGUUUGUUUGUUUGUUUACGUGGAAGAGAAAAGUCGUACAUGAACCUGCAUAAUUUUUAAAAACAGUUGGUGCUAAAGUAAAAAAAUCAUGUUUUUACGAUAUAUGUAAUAGAUAAUGAGUUUAACAUGUGUGCACUUGUGACUUGCUUAUUAAAACAUUUUCUUAAAAAAAACCUGUUUAAAGGAACGUUUUUCGAUUGAUACGAAAUAGUAGCCAUAAAAAUGUGACUUGUAUUAAAGCAUUUUCUGUGAAAAGAAAAGAAAUUGCAUGUAAGGAAGAGGAAUUGUAAGAUUUUUUUUCCCUCUGUUUUCUGAAGAAGGAUUUGAAGAGUGCAUUUUUGUGCAAUCCUGUCAGAAGAAGUUACGUAUUUGUGAAUUAUACAGUAAAAUAAUAUGACUUUCCUCUACAGGACAUUUCAGUACCAGUCAUAAAAAUAUCAGUCAAUGUUCUUUUGAAAUCAGGUUGUGUCAAUGACAAGAAUUACUUCAGGAGGUGACAGCAUAUUAAAUGUUAUCUACAAGAGUGUGAUUUCACGAAAUUUGAUAUUGUUAUUACAUUUUUGGGUAUUUAAUGACAUUUCUUUUAAUACAAUCUCAAUAAUUUCCACAUUGUGUUUUAUGAGGGAUGAAUUGUAUUUUCAAUAAAUUUAUAGAAAAAUGUAUGAAAAAAAAAAGUCAAGAAUGAAUAUUUUAUCAUAAAAUAUUAUACCUAUAUUGAAGCAAUAAUCAUAUCUUCUGUAUUUUUUAUAAUUAAUAUCUCUAACAAUUUGUUAUUUUAUUAAAAUAAAGCAAUUUUUAUUAAUCCGGAUCUUCUGAGAUUCGCCAUAUUUCUUCUUGUCUCAUUUGUUUAAUUCAUUACCUUCGAACACAAAAAUAAAUGGUAUUUUAUUAUGGUCACUUAAAAAAAUAGACAUUUUUGUGUCUUAAACUUGAAGUAAAAUUCAGUAAGGUUAUUGGUGUUGAAAUAACUGGUAAAGAUGAUAAUUCCUGAAGUGACAUUUUUUUACUUUUGUCAGGUGGCGUGUUAUAUCAACUUCAAAACUACUCUUUUCGGUAUAAAUUAUUAUUAAUUUCUUUUUCUAAUUUUUCAAUUAAGGUAUAUGUUUUUUUUUUUUUUUUUUUUGGAUAAUCAAUCUUUAUUAAGAUUUUUUGUUCAGUGGGCUACGACAUAUUUGAACAGUCUUCAGUAAAUCAACUUAAACAUCCAUGUUAACUGACCUGAAUAUACUUUCGGCGAUUGAUAUUUCUCAUGAGUAUCCUUUAUAUUCUUUCCAUAUACUUAUUGUCAAAAAUUACAUUAUCAUUUCAGAAUCAAGAUACUAUUGUGUUACAAAAUUGCCGAAAUUUAUAACUACACUGCGAAAGAAAAAGAACGCAUGGAAAAUAUUCUAAAAUAAAAAUCGAUAUUUUGCAAAUGUAACUAAAUAUAAACGAACAUUAUAUAUUAGGAAAUUGU